UGACUGACUGACUGACUGACUGACUGACUGACUGACUGACUGACUGACUUACUUACUUACUUACUUACUUACUUACUUACUUACUUACUUACUUUCAGACAGACUGCCAGCCAGACUGCCAGCCAGACAGACUGAUGGUUAUCCAAAGGGGAUACAUUCACAACCCUAGUCAAAUAUGAGAUGCAUAUUCCAGUAGAGGGUUAGAGAGUUUCCACCUUCUUAUUCAGAGCAACCAUUAUACUGGCAGCCUGCAGGGGAUAGAUAUGCAUACAAACUUGCCAGCUCCCUCCUCCUUCAGGGACACACUGACAGCUGAUCUAUGUCCACAAUUAUAAGUGGAUGAAGUUUCCGCACACUUGCACAUUCCAGUACGCUCCCUCCAUAACUCAGCAGAGGAUCCAUCCUGGGUUUCUCUAUGGAGGCUUUUAUCAAAACUAUUCAAGGAGUGUAAUUCUUCAAUCCAUGAGUAAUUAUCAGUUUAGAGUGUAGGACUUGGCAAACACUGUUAUGCAUGCGUAUGUGUGUCUGUUUGUGUGUGUGUGCGUGUGUGCGUGUGUGUGUGCGUGUGUGUCUGUAGCUUGGAGUUAAAGAUCCACAGUGGUCGAACCUUGUCACAUGAAAACUCUGUAUAUUUAAAGGUAGAUUCAACAAUAUGACAUCAUCAUACACAGCAGGACAACUUCCUUCUUACAGGCGUCAACAACAACAGCACAAUUCAAACCAGAAAAGGCAACUUUGUCACAUACAUAUUUGACCCAGCACACUGUAAUUGAUGGAGAUGCCAGCAGUGCCAGACAUGCGAGGGUGAAACAGCUCUCUGUUGCCCUCCAGUGUUUCUUAGAUUCUAUGUCUUAUCUCAGGCAGCAAAUGUAUGGAGCCAGGCACAUACACUUGGACCAUUGUCGAUUAAUAGUAUAAAACUGAUUCCUCUCUCUGUGUUCUUUCCCUUGUCUGCACUGACAAAUGAGAACUGGGAAGGUGAACUACCUACUUGAUAUCCUCCAUAUUGCUUAACCAAAUUCUCUAUUUUCAGAUCAGUGCAGAUAAGGAGCAGAAGAGGAAACCACUUUAGAUUGUUUCUGUUUUAGAAUUAUAGUUUUAUUAUCCUGGGGUCACAAAGAGAGAGGUUUUGGCAGAAAAACUGUGCUGCAAUACUGUAUGUUAUCCUUCUCCACAGGAAUCUCUCUCUCUCUUUUUGUCCCACACAUUGAAAAUAAACAUCCUAGUUCCUUGGAACUGAGAAAAUAAAGUUCCUUACAAGAAUCUCUUCCUUAGCGGGAAGGGGUCAUAUAUUUAUCUUUGUGUGUGUGUGUGUGUGUGUGUGUGUGUGUGUGUGUGUGUGAGAGAGAGAGAGAGAGAGAGAGAGAGAGAGAGAGAGAGAGAGAGAGAGAGAGAGAGAGAGAGAGAGAGAGAGAGAGAGAGAGAGAGAGAGAGAGAGAGAGAGAGAAAUAUAAUACUCUGGAAUGUCCACAGCCACAGAAAGCUCAUGCAAACUCUCAACAUGAAGGUAAGAUGAUUCACAUUGAUACACUAUUUACUCCUUUUAAUAUACUCAGUUGAUUUCUAAGCAGGUAAAAACAAUAUUGCUGUGUAGUCGUUAGGGAUUUAGGCUCAGGCUGUUGUAAAAUACAAACAACAUUUAAUUGCAGCAUUCCUCUCCUCUCCUUAGGAUCGUCUGUCAGUCUCUCUGAUCUGUCUGCCAUGGCUCUUCUUUGGGAUGAUCUCACCCAGUAAUUGUGUGGAGCCAGUGCAUUGUCAGUGGGGAUCCUACGGCGAGUGGUCAGAGUGUGACGGCUGCACUAAAACACAGGUCAGGAACCAAACCAAUUAUCCGAAGUCAUGCCUGUGAGUUCCACUGGACUUUAUUCAUGAACAGUGGUGGAAAAAGUACUCAAUUGUCAUACUUGAGUAAAAGUAAAAAUACCUUAAUAGAAAAUGACUCAAGUAAAAGUGAAAGUCACCCAGUAAAAUACUACUUGAGUAAACAUCUAAAAGUAUUUGGUUUUAAAUAUACUUAAGUAUCAAAAGUAAAUGGAAUUACUAAAAUGUACUUAACUAUCAAAAGUAAAAGUAAAAGUAUAAACCAUUUCAAAUUCCUUAUAUUACGCAAACCAGACGGCACAAUUUUCUAGUCUUUUUUUAUUGACGGAUAGCCAGGGGCACACUCCAACACUCAGACAUCAUUUACAAACGAAGCAUUUGUGUUUAGUGAGUCCGCCAGAUCAGAGGCAGUAGGGAUGACCAGGGAUGUUCUCUUGAUAAGUGUGUGGACCAUUUUCCUGUCAAAAUGUAACGUGUACUUUUGGGUGUCAGGGAAAAUGUAUGGAGUAAAAAGUACAUUCUAUUCUUUAGGAAUGUAAUGAAGUAAAAGUAAAAGUUGGCAAAAAUAAAAAUAGGAAAGUGAAGUACAGAUACCCCAAAAAAACUACUUAAGUAGUACUUUAAAGUAUUUUUACUUAAUUACUUUACACCACUGUUCAUGAAUGGCAACCAGGUAACAUACAGUGUAUUUCCCUUUAUGUUGGGGUAUAUUGGUAUGUUUCAGUCUAGGACCCGUGCCAUGGUGGUGUAUGCCCAGUUUGGGGGGAACCCAUGCAGUGGAGGGGCCACUCAGACCCAGCCCUGUGAGACUGCUCGAGGCUGCCCCCUGAAGGAGGGCUGUGGAGGGAGGUUCCGCUGCCGCUCAGGUAAUUGAAUCAAACUUUAUUAACAAUGCAUUUAAAAUCCUCAGUACGUUUUACAACAAAAUGUAAAAUAUAGUCAGUAAGAAAAACGUUGAGCACAGAACAUGGAGUACUAACGUGCGUGCGCAUGUGUGUUUCCUGUGUGCUACAGGGAAGUGUAUCAGUCAGUCUAUGGUGUGUAAUGGAGAUCAGGACUGUGAGGAAGACAACCAGGAUGAACUGAAGUGUGACCCAGACAAGACAUUCCCUGUGUGUAACAAUGACAAACCCCCACCCAAUGUUGAGCAACUAGGACUGGGGUAAGAGCCCAUCUAUCUUUCUCUCCCUCCUCCCUCCCCCUGUCCCCCCCCCCCUCCCUCCCUCUCUCUCUCUCUCUCUCUCUCUCUCUCUCUCUCUCUCUCUCUCUCUCUCUCUCUCUCUCUCUCUCUCUCUCUCAAUUCAAUUUAAGGGCUUUAUUGGCAUGGGAAACAUAUGUUAACAUUGCCAAAGCAAGUGAAGUAGAUAGUAAACAUCUCUCUCUCUCUCUCUCUCUCUCUCUCUCUCUCUCUCUCUCUCUCUCUCUCUCUCUCUCUCAUUCUCUCUCUCACGCACACACACACACAAUCCUGGGCAUCUGUGGUGAUGUGCGUUGCCUUCUUGAAUUUCCAGGUUUGAUGCAGUGACAGGAAAACAGAGAGGAAGUGUGAUCAACACUAAGAGCUAUGGAGGCCAGUGCAGGACUGUCUUCAGUGGGGACAACAAGGUCCUCUACAGACUGCCCCAUAGCACUCUGAGGUACAACUUUGAGGUAAAAGGUCCCACAGUUAAGUUCACAUACUGGUGAAAAUAAACAUUUAUAAAGAGAGCACAUAGAAAUGAAUAUAUGUAAGAAUAUAAAUUGGAUCUGUACAGGUGAAACAGGGUGAUCAAAUUAAGAUCCUACAUCUGUAUAUGAUUCCUAUCUGUACAGGUCAAAGUUCAGAAUGAUUUCAGUGAUGAGUUCUACACCAGCUCCUGGUCCUACGCCAAGGACAUAGUCAAGAGGGAGACAUUGACGGGUACAUCGUCAGGAUUCAACAACUUUGACUUCCAUCAGACUGAGGAAAAAACACGGGUCUGUUGGAUUUGUACGAUGAAAUGACUUCUAUAAAUCUUAGUUUUAUUAGGAGAUAUGCUGAGCUUAAGAGAUGCAUUUUCAACAAACACCUGACCUUUGCCUUAGCAGUUCACGUGUGAGGAUGACUACAUUUGAUUUCACAUCCACUAUGUUCAUUGUCUUCCAGAGUUUAGAAUGAUUGACUCAUUAUUUAAUCAAAUGUACAUCUACCUAAAACAAAUAUUUUCCAAAACUGUGAUAAAGCUAUUGUGAGAUUGUCUGUUUUGGUUUGUUUUUGCUGCGUAGAGUAACCACCUGUUGGUGGUAAAGAACGACGUGGAGGUGGCUCAGUUCCAGAACAAUGCCCGAGGAUACCUCCCUCUGUCUGAGGAGUUCUGGAAGGUUCUGGUCACGCUCCCCAAUGUAUAUGACUACGCUACCUAUAGGACGGUGUUGAAUAGGUUUGGAACCCACUACCUGUCUGAGGGGACCCUGGGCGGACACUUCCACUCCUUACUCAGCAUCGACCAGGAAACAGCCAAACAGAUGGGUGAGACAAUUGAGGCUGAGACUGAGGCUCCAGCUGAGACUGAGGCUGUCCCAAUGGCGGCACUGCAGGCAUAUCAUUAUUGUGACAACAGUAGUGGGAGUAACAGUGCAAUAGCUUGAACACAUCAACUCUGUUGGUUACACUGCUGGGUCCAAUGGCCCAAUUGGUUGGAGCAUGAUGCUGGCAACAGAUGGUGAAGAAUACUUUGAACAAAGUAAAUCAUAAUGGUUCAGUUAAGCCGUCAGAGCUUUGGAACCAACUUGUAUAUUCCUACUCCUGAGUGGCGCAGUGGUCUAAGGCACUGCAUCGCAGUAGAGAUCCUGGUUUGAAUCCAGGCUCUGUUGCAGCCGGCCGCGACCGGGAGACUCAUGGGCGGCGCACAAUUGGCCCUGCGUCGUCCAGGGUAGGGUAGGGAAUGGCCGGCAGGGAUGUAGCUCAGUUGAUAUAACAUGGCGUUUGCAACGCCAGGGUUGUGGGUUUGAUUUCCACAGGGGGCCAGUAUAAAAAUAAAAAUAAAUAUUCACUAACUGUAAGUCGCUCUGGAAUAGAGCGUCUGCUAAAUGACUAAAAUGCAUAUAGUUUGGUUCCAACUUUUAUAUAGUAUAGUUUGGUUCCAACUUUUGCUUGGACACGAAAGUAAUGGUGAAGGUUACAGUGUACUUGGCCAAACGAGUGUUGAUUGAAGAGUUUGUGGUUGAGAGAGCACUAUUGAGGAUUUUUCUGUUACUCUCUUCCAUCUGCAUCUGCAGCCAAGGUCAUGUGGAAGUAUAACGAGUGUACCAAGACCAAACACUGGAUUCUAUUCAUUUCAUGGACAACAGAGAAAUGUAAAAAGGAUGAAAGGGAAUUAACACUACCCAACCCACCAUGUAAGUUUAUUUAAGCAACAAUGUAAAACCAAAAAUGUGACGAUGUACAAUGUAAGAUGUGACAUUUUACAAUGUCAUAUGGCUAUCAAGAGAUCUCUUACUGUAAUUAUGAAGGCUCAAGACUCAAUGUAAUCAAAUGAAUAAACAGUAUUUAUUGAUAUUUACAGUAAAUAUACUUUAUAUAUUCAGUAUACAGAAGCCCCUGUGGUAGCUCAUCAUGUAAUGUAACUGUAUAAGCUGCAGCUAUAUUCUGUAAUGAAAUCCUGAUCACUCUAAUCACUGAUACCUUUAUUGCUUUAAUAGCCAUCAAUAGGUAUGACACAACAAUGAAGGUGGAUGUGGUGGGAGGGGCCACUGCACACAUCUCAGCUCUCAAGGCUAUGGACCUCAACACUCCAGGUAAAAACUGGGAAAUGUACAAGAACUGGGCGGAGUCUGUGCGGACCUUCCCUACAGUCAUCAAACGAAAGGUGAGAGAGCUACAGGAGAAAGAUUAUUGGUGGAUGAAAACAAUAUCUGACCUGGUGUCAUUGGUUGACGGCAAAACAGAUAUAAGGUAAAGCAAAGAAGUUAAGUAAGUGAAUGCUAAAUUAAAUAGAAAUGACUGCAGAGUCAUGUUACAGCUUUAGAAACAAUAAUUCAUCCCUUAGUCUUGGGAAACCGCUUGCUAUGUUGGUUCCUCCCUGUGUUUGGUGUGAAUGGUUCCAGAUGAGACCUCUGUAUGAGCUGGUGAAGGAGGUGCAGUGUGCUGGGGUGAAGAGGCUCCAUCUGAAGCGGGCCAUAGAGCAGUACCUGAAUGAGAGAAACCCCUGCCGCUGCCAGCCCUGCAGGAACAACGGCCUGGUGGUAAUGGAUGGGGAUGAGUGUAGAUGCAUCUGUAAACCUGGGACAGACGGACCGGCCUGUGAGAAGGGGAAGGAGGUGGAAGGGCAGGAGGGUAGGUGACAUUUGACACGUCGCGUGGAUACUCCGGAUGAUGACAUUUGUGUAUUAAUUUCUCGCAAACUUGAAGUUUGCUUGGGUGCUUGCAGGCAUACUCUACAUUCACAUACAGAUUACAUAUGGAUCCAUAACCUCUCUCUCCAUCCUUCCUUUCUUUCACCACAACUCUACAUUCCACCACCCUCUCUGUCCCCCUUCCUCCCUCCCUCUCUCUCUAAGGGGUGAUCCAUGGCAGCUGGUCUUGCUGGUCUGGCUGGACUUCCUGCUCCGGAAGUCAGAGGUCACGAACACGUGCAUGCAGUAACCCCGCCCCUCAGAGAGGCGGCCAUCACUGCAACGGAGAGGCCAGGGAAACGGCGGGCUGCGAUGACCACCAAGACCUGCAAUACCUCCAGUCAGAAAUACUGCUGCAUCUCAAUCGACUUAGUGAUAAGACUUUAUACAUGAACACUACACAACAAAUACAUGACAUGGCGUGGCAUACUUUUGCAGGCCAAAGUGCUUAUCAGGCGAACACUAACAAAGACAGUGUUGAAAAAGCCACGCAUGAGCAACACAUUACUGUCUUCUAUAAUUUCAGCCUUCAUAUUAUCCUACUGUUACUGACCUUGCUGAAUGUCUGUUUUGUGUUUGUUUGUGUUUAAUUCCAGGACCAUGGAGCCUCAGUGCUUUGACCUGACCCUCCCACCUAAGGAGACCUGUAGGAGCCCACCUCCUCUCCCUAAUGGCUAUGUCCUGGUAAGAAUGGAUGGACAGAUAACCACUAAACUAUCUGUUUCCUUCAGUCCUGCUGCUGGAGAGAUACAGGGCAUACAGGCUUUUGCUCUAACCUUGCACUAACAGAACUGAUUCAGUGAUUCAACUAAUCACAAUGUCUUUGCAGAAGGCUGGCUCCAAAGCCUGAACAUGGUCCUACUCUAUUGUAGCCAUUUCAACCUCCAUAUUAUAAUGCAGUUCCUCCAUUUGUAGAUAUCAUCAUCUGGAUAGGUUGGAUUGUGUUUGACCAUCAUUUGUGCUGUUAAACUCAGGAUCCAAAAGAUGUGUAUCUGGUGGGCAGUGAGAUUGAAUACACCUGCAUUGAGGGCUACCAUCUGAUUGGAAUAAGGAUCGCAGAGUGCACUGGUGCUCAGACAUGGAGCACGCCUUACAAAGAGUGCAAGAGUAAGUAACGCUUCAGUGAAAACAGCCUCUGCAUUUGCGCCAUUUUAAUUGGUCAGGAGAUUAAAACUGGAUUCCGCAUUGGGUGAAAAAGCUCCACUGGUUGCCCCAGUCACAUUUGAUAUUGUAUUGUAUUGUUGUUAUUGCACGCAUACACACAGGAAUCCUUCCCUGGAACACACAUACACACACACACAUCAUUAUGAUAAUUUCCCUCACCUUUUUCCAGGCUCCAGGUGCCAUGUCCCGUCCCUUCUAAAUGAUGUCACAGGCUCUCACUGGCAGACCACCUAUGACAUAGGGGAAAGGAUCCCACUGUCCUGCCCUGAGGGGAGACACAUAGUGGGAGACAAAGAGAUCAUCUGUGACUCCAGUCUGCACUGGACACCAGACCCCAACACCAUCACAUGUAGCCAACGUAGGUUGAUAUAUCAUUUCUGCAACUUUGAACUCCUUCCAGAUAUCAACCUAUGUUGAAAUGUGUUACUAUUUGUCAGUUUAUCUGAAUGUUAUAUUAUAAUUGGUUCAACAUAUGGUAUUCUCUACCCUCGGAUAAUGCAAAUGAAAUAAUGUAUUUGUUUUCCUUUAUGAAUCCAGCAUCAAAAAAGGUUGAUCACGUUGAUGGCCCAGCAGUGCAAUGCAAACCAUGGGAGAAACUCGCCAAAGACAAAUGUAUAUGCAAAUUGCCUUAUGAGUGCACGUAAGUUUUACCAACCUUUGUCUAUUAUGUAACUUUAACUAGUCUAACUACUUGCAGAUAUACAGGAAUUAAGCUCCCUUUAAUCAAUGUGAGAAGUGGCUCCUUUUGACUGCAUAUUCUACAUACCCUAAAUAUGCUCUAUGCUUUAACUAUGAUCACUUCUCGAAUUUGACCAUAGGCACAUAUCUAAAAUCUUGACCAUUAGGAGAGGAAACAUAAACUGACCACACAUCAGCGAUUUCAGGGUUUCACCCAACGCUAACUAUGUUGCUCUUUUGUUCAGGUCAUCUCUAGAGGUGUGUGCCACCAAUCUUGAGAGGGGUCGGACAAACAGACUGAGCGUGUGCAAGAUGCACACCAUGCAUUGUCUGGGAAGGAGCUACAACCUGACAGAGGACAGUGCCUGCGAGUGGCCAACCAAUACAACUUCACCCUGCACCAACUGCCAGUUGUGGGAGGCUUGUGACGGUACGACUCUGGUUUAACUUAAAUUGAAGUUGUAUUUUAAAAAAUUGUUACACAGACAAGUAAACGCUGUAAUAUGAAUAUCUAUGCCCUUGCACGGUGUGUGUGUGUGCGUGUGUGUAUGUGAGCGUGUAUGUGUGUGCGUGCGUGCACAUGUAUGUAUGAGUGUGUAUGUGUGUGUGCAUGCGUGUUCCCAUGUGUGUGUGCAAACUGCACCAGUUCUCAAGACCAUUCUCCUUGUCUCCUUCUAACAGGACAAACAAACCUGUGUCGCUGUAAGGACUUGGCUGAGUGCUCAGAUCCAGGGUUGAGUGUCUGUGUUCGUAUUGGGGACGAUGCUGACAGUGCUACCCAGACACUGAGCGAGUGCGAGGCAGGACUGAGGAGGUGUAAAGGAGAAAAGGUGUCAGUUGUCAGCAUACUACCUUGUAGCGCUUAAGGAUACAAGAGAAUAGUGUCCUCUCCUCCGACUCACCAUGUCUGUGAUAAUGACAGAAAAUACCCUCAUUCAGUCAUUUCGUCUUAUCUCUGUGUUUUUUUAUAUCACUCUUCAAAUGCAUUGCUUUGAAGACAUUAAAGCCAUUAAAGUAUAUAAACCACCCAUUAGACUUGAUUGAUAAUGCUUAUUUUUGUUCCAAUAAAUAAAAACAAGUCACAACAGUAGAGUAAGAGCUAAUUCUACCUGACCCAUGUGUCAAAUUUGAAAUAUUUGCAUUUCUUGCCUUAUCCAAUUUAGAGUUCCAUACAAUGCAUAAAUAGUUUGCUUGAACCAUUCAAAAGAUUGACAAGUCUCCUGAGUGGCGCAGUGGUCUAAGGCACUGCAUCGCAGUGCUAACUGUGCCACUAGAGAUCCUGGUUCGAAUCCGGGCUCUGUUGCAGCCGGCCGCGACCGGGAGACUCAUGGGUGGCCAGGGUAGGGGAGGGAAUGGCUGGCAGGGAUGUAGCUCAGUUGAUAGAGCAUGGUGUUUGCAAUGCCAGGGUUGUGGGUUUGAUUCCCAUGGGGGGCCAGUAUAAAAAAAUAUGUAUUCACUAACUGUAAGUUGCUCUGGAUAAGAGCGUCUGCUAAAUGACUAAAAUGUAAUGUAAAUGUAAGUCACAGCAGGCAGAAAUGUAUCUUAGGUAAACAUAGCAUUACAAAAACAACCUUGUUAUAGAAUAGCACCACAUACUGUCCACAUCUCUCUACAUGCUGUUGGUUUAGUAGGGGAUGUUCUGUACAUUUUGCUCUGUUCCAAAUUACCCAGACACCCCUUAAUCUGCCAAGAAUAACAUCAUGAUUGACACUCCCUCCCUGCUCUUGGCUAGCUGCCUGUUAGCUCUGUGAAAGGCAGGCCAGGCAUGUGUGUAUGUGUGUGUGAGAGAGUGUGUGUGUGAGAGAGAGAGAGAGAGAGAGAGAGAGAGAGAGAGAGAGAGAGAGAGAGAGAGAGAGAGAGAGAGAGAGAGAGAGAGAGAGUGUGUGUGUGUGUGUGUGUGAGAGAGACAGAGAGAGACAGAGAGAGAGAGAGAGAGAAAUAUAAUACUCUGGAAUGUCCACAGCCACAGAAAGCUCAUGCAAACUCUCAACAUGAAGGUAAGAUGAUACACUAUUUACUCCUUUUAAUAUACUCAGUUGAUUCCUAAGCAGGUUAAAAACAAUAUUGCUGUGUAGUCGUUAGGGAUUUAGGCUCAGGCUGUUGUAAAAUACAAACAACAUUUAAUUGCAGCAUUCCUCUCCUCUCCUUAGGAUCGUCUGUCAGUCUCUCUGAUCUGUCUGCCAUGGCUCUUCUUUGGGAUGAUCUCACCCAGUAAUUGUGUGGAGCCA